GAAAGCAAAACUUUCUAGGAAAUUCAUGGCCUAACUAAUUCUGCUUUCCUUUUGAAACUUUCUUUCUUGGAGAAUCUGACAAAUAUAUAGUUGACAACCCUCAAUGCCUUCAUAAAGAAGCUCUUCUUCCGCCCCAUCAUCAUUUAUACUAAUCAGUUUUGCGUAUUUAUUAGUGUACUGUGUGACAAUUUUCAAAACAUCUUUUACUUUUACUCCAAAAAAAACACUGCAGAAAAUCGCCAGAGUUUAUGCCCUCUUUAUUGGCUUUCCCCUUCUCUCACUUCUUUUCCUUUUCCUUUCAGUUUUCUCUCAUUUACACCAUUUUUCUCUGUGCACAAAUUUUCCUUUCCUUCUUCUAUCAUGGCUUCUAAUUCAUCAAACAAACCUUAUCCUGGAGACACAACUUUCAUCCAAACUGACCCUUCAAACUUCAAAUCAGUUGUCCACAAAUUAACCGGGCUGCGUCAAGACAAGAAGCCCGGUACUACUAGCCCAGCCGGAAAAUCAACUCCCGGCGAGAUGGGCCCUCGGAAACCAGCCUUCAAACUGCAUGAACGGAGGCAGAGUGCGAGGAAGCUGGAGAUCAUGCUGCAAAACCGAGAUGGGCUCAACGACGGCGUCUGUCAUCAUCAUCACGAAAAGGUUAUGGUUUCUCCGGUGUCGCCAUUUGGGCUUCUUCUGAGCCCGGCAAGUGGAAGCCCAAGAAGCAGUACUCCGUCGACGCCGAGGUCAAGUAACCCGGCUGAUCUGAUGGAUGAAGAAAUGCGGGGAAUUCUCGAGAAUGGUUUUUACAUUCACCCAUCACCUUCUUCUUCCUCGUCAUCAAGUCAUCUGAGAAGUGGUUCUAUGCCGGCGCCGGCGCCGCCACGGCUUUUGUCGUUGUUUCCGGUUAAUAAUGGCCGGGGAGAUUCUCCGGAUGAUAGUAGUGAUAACUGAUUGUCAUAAUUCAAGUUCUUAGAAUCUUUAGUUCGUAGGGAGAGUAUAGUUUAUAUUAUUAUCAUAAUUUUACCUAUAAAGUUUUACGUAGUUUGGAAAUUAAAAUGGGGGGAAAUUAUAUUGUUUAUUAGUUAGAGAGUAUUAUUAUGGAUGAUUAAAUUGGCUUGGUAUCUACUCCAUAGAUUAAUGGAAUUCACUUCCAUCGUCUUUGUAAAUUAUUGAAUACUGCCUUUCAAAGUUUUUUCUGUUUUUUAUUUUUUGGAAUUUAUUUAUUGUCGUUUAUGAUAAUUAUAUUACUCUUACCCGUGAUUUCUAUUUUGGGUAAUAAAGCAAAAAAAUUUAUCGAUUAUCUUAAUUCUUUUUUCUCCUUUUUGAGUAAUAAAGC